AUUAAAAUAAUUGGAACUUGUAGGCUCCUUAGUCAGCCCUUUGAUUGCAGCAGUAGUAGUAGUAGUUAUGACUUGGCUCAGGUCUAAAGUCUGAACUCCUUAACCCUCCCACUCACCAAAGUAAAUUCAUCACCGUUAUCCUCUUCUGUCAGAGUACAGUGCUUAUAAUUACUUUGAACUCCAGCCAAAUAUGUUGCAUAGUAAUACGUGUUCUUUUCUGUGUCCACAGGGAGAUGGUGAAUGCCUGGUUUGCUGAGCGUGCUCAUACCAUCCAGCCAUCUGUCCUUAAAGAAAACUGUUCCCAGCAGCGAACCCACCAGUCCUCCUCAGAUCUUUGCCCCUCUUCUAACUCCACCAUCCUCUCUUCAAGCCUCACCCUCCUGGACAACCGCUGCCCCUCCCCUGCCACUGUACCGAGCCCAGCUCCUGGUACCCCAACUCGCAAAAUCUCAGCUUCAGAGUUUGACCGCCCACUAAGACCCAUUGUGGUCAAAGACUCUGAGGGAUCCCUCACAUUUCUGAGUGACUCGGAACGGGAACCCGUCCCUCUCUGUGGUUCGGUGAUGGGAGAGGGUGGUGGUGAUGAUGGGAGUGGCAGGGAGGUUGAUCGCUGCACCAGGCUGCUGGAGCUAGUAAAGGAAGUAUCAAGUUAUCUGGAUGUGACAGCGCUCUGCCAUAAGAUCUUCCUACACAUCAAUGAGCUGAUCACUGCAGACCGAUACUCACUCUUUCUGGUAGGAACCGGAAAAGAUAGAUUAAUGCAAGCUCAUACUUAUUUCACUCUAACACCUUAUUUUUAAGUGGAUCCCAAAACCAGAAACCACAUUCAGAAUGAAUCCAAAAGUUUUAAAUCCAAUGAUUUUAUUGCCACAGUAGCACAGAUUGUAAUAUUUUUCAAUGAGAUGUAACAUUGUUAGCUUACUGUUUUUUAAAUUUCUCACUGUGCAGUGCAUGUUAUCCACGAACGCUUAGC